GUUGCACUUGCACAGGAAGUGCGACGGCAGAUUACAGCACUCGGCAUUCUCCACGCAUCGCGCUGCUAUCGCGGGAUCUUGGCAUUCGUCAAUGUCUGCAAGUAAGGGAACAAACGACCGUGCGGACCGUGAUUAAUCGAAGAUGCUACACAAUAAAUGACAAGCGGCGGCACAAUCCAAGAGACGUGUUCUAGCUCUGGCUCUACCUCUGGCUCUGAAUUCAGGUCUCCUCUACGCAUUUUGCCGCUUGAAUGCGCGCUUUGCUCGCAUUCACAGUCGCCGGGAAUCGGACAUGGAGUAGCAGCUGUAGCAGUGUUGGCAAUGGAUGCCAUCGAGAUUUGCAUAUUACGCAUGACAUUUCAGUGUCAUUCGCGCUGGUGGAAGCUUCACGAUGACAAUGUCAAAGCACAGGAUGCACCAGUUGCAUACAUUUUCAUAUCAAUUGGAUACGAACACGAAUACUAGUUGGAGUGUGUGGUCAAUGCU